GCGACUGAGAAAAACUGUAUUUUGUGUGAUGUCGCGUCCAGCCAGCAGGCGGCGCCUCCGCUGGUAUUUGACAGUUGAACGAUUCCUUUUGAAAUAACACACGAAGAAGAAAACGAGCCAAUCAGACGCGGAGUUGAGGAGAGACGUCCAGGCAUGUUCAGGCUGAACACGUGCUGCAGAUGGAGAAAAUGACGUGUGACGAUGUCCGAGUGGUCCAGAAGACAUAAAUCCUCUCGGGGUCUCUUCAGUAACUCCAGGUUUCUGUGUAAGCGUUCUCUGAUGCUGAGAACCCUGCAGAGCGCCAGAACCAGAAAGAACCAGCAGCAGCAGAGGACGGAGAUCAGCACCAUGAAGAGGAAACCCUCCGACGGCCACGUCGAGCCUCUGGACACAUUCAAACAGGUCAAAAAGACCAAACCUAACAAACUGAAGCAGGAGAGAGAGCCAGCUGUGACCUCUGACCCCCGGAGCUCUGGUCCUGACCCCGGUCCCUCUGAGGCGGCCCUCGGGGACCGCUGGGAGGUGGACAGCGGGUUCUGCUCGGAGACGAGUCCUCCGGCCAGCGGGCGCAGCUCGCCGUGCCUCGGCCCCGCCCCCGCCACGACCAGCACCUCGGUGGUGGCGUUGGACUGUGAGAUGGUGGGGACGGGGCCCGGGGGGCGCUGCAGCGAGCUGGCCCGCUGCAGCAUCCUGGAUUACCACGGUAACGUCCUCUAUGAUGAAUACGUGCGGCCCUGUCAGCCCGUCACCGACUACCGCACACGAUGGAGCGGCAUCAGGAGCCACCACCUGCUCAACGCCACGCCCUUCAGCCAGGCACGCCACCAGAUCCUCAGGAUCCUGGAGGGUAAAGUGGUGGUGGGUCACUCCGUCUACAACGACUUCCAGGUUCUGGACCUGGUCCACCCGGGUCACAUGGUCCGGGACACCUGCACCACCCGCCACCUGAGCCGGCUGGCCGGUUUCCCCCGGCAACGCUGCUCCUCCCUCAAAACGCUGAGCAGCAAACUGCUGAACAGGAAGAUCCAGGCGGGGCGUGGAGGCCACUGCUCGGUGGAAGACGCCCUCGCUGCUCUGGAUCUCUACAAGCUGGUGGAGGGCGAGUGGGAGCGAGAGCUGCAGGACAAACUGCAGGACGAGGACGCUCCGUCAGAGCCGAGCUUCGCCUCCUCCACACACUACAUGCAGGACGAGUACUGGCCCGAUGAUGUCACCGCCCUCAGCCAAUGAGAGCAGAGCAUUCACGACGUACCUCAGAUCAAUAAUGUGACUGUAAAUCAAGUCUGGAUGGAAAAAAAGUGAUGCAACAAAAUGCAAAA